UUCAAAAAGUAGGAGAAAAUAUUAGUUUUAGGUUUUUGCAUUUAGCUAGUGCUAGCAUAUUUUUUGUGAUUUUGGAGUCAUAUUAAAAAAUAUUCAACUCGAUAUGGCCAAAACUUUCAACAAAUAAUGUAAAUUGAAAAUUUGCGCCAUUUGGUUGGUCACGUGACUGUAUCUCUCUCUCUCUUUUAACGUCGCCAUAUUGCGAUUGUGCGGUGGUGAGAGUUUUGUGCAGUCUAAUAAAAUUUUUAACUUUUAAAAUUUUCUCUUGUGAUUUAAUUGUGAAUUUAGUGUAAGUGCACGUUCUGGGUUUCAUAGGGCAAGAGAAUUGUGAGAAUUUCAAGAAUAUUGCCAUCAAGGUGAAGGGUCAAUUCAUAGAAGAAAAUAAACUCUCGGAUCCACCAUUGAAAUAACCAAAGUAGUGACUGAGAACCAGAAAAGUUCUCCAAAAGCUGCAUAGUCUGGAAUAGGUCUACCCUAUGGAAUGUAGCUUGGGAUGAAAAUGAAUGGGGAUGUAAAUGGUACUAUGGAGGAGGGCAUGGAAGUAGACCUUCCAAGUUCACAUGAAAACGAACAAAGUCUCCAAAAAGUUACCUUAACAGACUGUGAUGAUAUUAAAAACAAUGGUGAGAAUAGCAAUAAUUCAGAGACUGGCAAUCAUGUAGACAGCGAGACAAAUGACUGCUCAACGGGCAAUGAUGUUAUAGAAAACUUGCUCAAUGAGAAUAGUAGUGAAUCCAACAACAAACCACCCAAUGAAUGUUCCAAGGGCACACCUGAACUGCAGAUAGAUCAAGAACAUAGCAACCAUUCAGUAAAUAAUCACUGCAGUAACAGCAAUGAGCAUUCUCCAAAGCCAGUCUCCAAUUCUCUUAAUACGGAAGUUGUGGAACAAGAGAAGUCAGGGGAGAUAAAUGAUCAAAAUAAUGAAGACAAUCACAUUGUUGACAAAGGUGAAGGUGGGAAACAGACUUCGAUUGAUGACGAGUCCGAUGAAUCAUCUGCUGAGGAUGAUUCUAUUGUAUCUGAUGAACGCAAAGCCGAAGACACAGUAAGCAUUGACUCUGGUUCAGAAGAUGAGGGAGAUGAAACUUCACAAGAUGUCCAAUCAGAAAAUAUCAGGACAAGUGAUAUUAUUGUAUUAGACAUAGAAAGAGAAUCUGAAAGUCAAAAUGGUGAUUCUAAAACUUCUGAAAUACAUGAAAUUGAAAGUGACAAUGAUGACUGUGUAGUGGCUUCCGAAAUAAAAUCUGCUACUGUCAAGGAAACUUUGCCACUUAGACGUAGCAGCAGGGCAAUAAAACGUAAAAGAUAUAAUGAUGACGUUCAAAAUGGAAUUGAGUCUGAUAUAGAAGAAAUAUCGUUCAACGAAUCUUCAUUACGUAAGGGCAAACCAAUUGUAAUUAACGAUACUAAAGCACUAGUUGAGAUGGCAGCCAAACAAAUGAAGCAUGGGAAUAAUAAUAAAAAAGAACCAACUGUUGUCAUUAUUGAUACAAACUCAGGUUCACCUCCUAAAAAUACUUCAGUGUCAAUAAAGCCUUCCGUUUCAACAUCUACUUCGGUUCUCAACGCCCAGCAUUUAUAUCAAAGCAUUGUUGCGCGUGGCACCACGGUGACACCAGUCAGCAGCACUAAAAGUACAUCCACACAGGUAUCACAAACGCCUACACCACCUAUUUUGCCGUCUUUGACAGACGAUAUGUUCGUCGUAGAAGCACCCUCAUUUAUUGUACCUUAUGUAUAUGAAAAGCCGUCUUUAAAACCUUUUAGAGAGUUUGUAUUCAAGUUAGGUAAAGAACUGGAAGAGCAAAAGCAAAAAGAUAAUAAGGAAGAAGACACGGAUAAAGAAAAGGAUGACGGUUCUGAAAGCGAGGCCCAGUCCACGCAGAAAUCAGAAGAACAAGAGAAAAAGAAAAAAUCUGAUAGAGAGCGACGAAGGCGGAGGAAUGAUGACGAUGAUGCAUCGUGGGACGGGGAGUCCGCUUCGGAGUCUGAUGAUGCACUGAGUGAUGAGGAGGACAAAAUUGUAGUGAAAGAUAAAACUGAACCAAUUGACCAGAUAAAAAAUGUGACCGAGUUGACUGCUGAUAAGAUUUGUUCAAGCAAGGCCAAUGUUCAUAGCUCUAUGGAUUGCUCACUAGGAAAGUUUUUCAUUAAUAUUGGUCUUAACCUUGUCCAAGAAUUUGUGCAAACCGAUUUGUUGAAACAACAAAAUCGCAAAUUAUACAAGGAAAAGAAGUCUGGUCAAAACACUAGAGCAACAGAAUCAUCUAUAGCACAACUUAAGAAAAAUCUAGAAUUUAGUAAAGAAAAUAAUGCACCUUAUGUGCAGCCCCAAAAGAAGUGUGAGCUAUGCAGUUUCAAAACAGAGUCGAUGCUCGCCAUGGCUAACCAUUUAGAGAUUCCACAUAUGAAAAAUAACAUGUACAAAUGUAAUUUUUGUUCGUUUGAAAUUCGAAGUCCGCAUGAAAUUUUGUAUCAUAUGGAAGCAGAGCAUAACGUAAAAGGCCGACUGGAGAGAGCGCCGUCGUACCAUCAGUGCUCAAACUGUCCGUUUGAGGACAACGGGAAAGGAAAACUGGCCCGACAUCUGCUAGCCUGUGCAAAGAAAUUCAAACCUGAAACGAAUUUAGCUCCGCCUGUGGAUUGGGAACCACCAGCUAAAAUACCAAAGAUAGCAAAACCGCGCAACAAUGUCGUGGGGUCUUACCCGAGCACGUUCAAUCGCAGUCCGUACGGAAGCACCGCGGUGCGGACGCCUAUGAGCAUGGGCCUGGGCCUGGGCAUAGCGGCAGGCGGCUUCCGCGGGCGCGGGCGCUCGCCGAUGGCGCUGCCGCCGCGCGGCGUGCCCAUCCUGCGGGGCGGCGGCCUCAUGCCUAGGCACACCUCGCCGAUACUUAUGCAGUCUAACUUCGCUGCAUCGAAUCCCGUGAAACCAAAGUCAGUCCACCACCCGUCGAUAUCCAUCACGCCGCUGCCGCGGCAGCCGCCGCCGCAGGUGGUGCCGCAGCAGGCCCAGAGCGGGCAGUCCAAGGGCUCGUUCGUGAUCUGCGAAAUAUGCGACGGAUACAUCAAAGACUUAGAGCAAUUAAGGAACCAUAUGCAAUGGAUACAUAAAGUCAAAAUUCACCCGAAAAUGAUCUACAAUCGGCCGCCGCUUAAUUGCCAAAAAUGUCAAUUUAGGUUCUUCACGGAUCAGGGACUAGAACGGCACUUACUAGGCUCGCAUGGGUUAGUCACCAGCUCAAUGCAGGAAGCGGCCAACAAAGGAAAAGAUGCUGGGAGAUGUCCUGUCUGUGGCAGGGUAUAUCAAUGGAAGCUUCUCAACCAUGUAGCCAGGGAUCACAAUUUAACGUUAAAGCCAGCCCACCUGUCGUACAAAUGCACAGUCUGCACCGCCACAUUUGGCAUGUACAAGCAAUUCGAAAACCACGUGUACUCGGCGCACAGUGUAGUCGCCAAACGAGUCAUGGACAAAAGCAAGGCCAGCGCGCCGCCGCCUAAAGGCGCCAGUGGCAAGCCGCUCAAGAUCAACGACGAAAUAACUAUAAUACCACAGCCUGCCAAACCGACAACUACUAAUGCCAAGGGGAAAUAAGGCCGCGGUCGCGCCAAUGUUCGGAGCACCACGCUAUAUGUUUCAAGCUUGCCGUCGUCUUCGCCACCAUAUAGAAAAAUUGUAAGGCAUAUAAAAAUUUAACCAUCUUCAUAGUGUACAUUCCAAUAUUGUAGGAAGUACCGAACACAAAUGAUUUUAACUAUACCGUGUCAGUGCUAUGCACUCUAUGCAUGACAUUGAUUGUUAUGGCCUAUAAGUCAAUAAUACCACUCUAGCACAUAGAAUGCUGUUAGUAAUUUGUAUUAUUUUGCAAAAAAUAUUUAUAUAAAACUUUAUAGUUAGGCUUAUUGCUUAGGAAACCCUACAUAUUCUUAAAAGGGCUUUUAAAAAACUACGAUCAUAGACUACGAAUUCACUUGAAUAGGUAUUUUAUAAGAUUUUUCAUAGACUUAACUAAAGAAUUGUAAAUUACUAUUGUAUUUACCGUUUAAGUGAACCUUUUUAAGAUAAUAUUACAGAAUAGAAUUUAGCAUUCUAGUUCCAAAGGAACUCUUCACUGCCCCGGCCUUUGUUGCCAGUGAUUAUUGGAAAUUUUUUGAAUAUCUAUAGAAAUACAUUAAUUAGAUCAAGGCAGUGAUGUAUUGGGAACACUGAUAGAUAUUUUAUUGUUGUUAACUAUUAGUAAAACUCGCACUAUUUGGAAUGUAUACUACAUGUUAGCCUGUGCCUGAUUCUCGUAAAUUAAAUUUGCCUAUCUCUGAACAGUUUUGUGUAUACAUGAGUAUCAUUGCAAGUUGUGUGUCCCAAAGUAAAAAGAUAUUACAUAAACACGAUGACUCAACGAAUUGAUGAUUGGAUGUUUAUUAAUAUUUGUUUGAAAUCUGUAUUCAGUAUGGUUGUCAUUUUAUAUUGUGUCAGUUAAAUAAUCGAGUAAGUACCAUUAUUUCUGAUGAGUUUGUAGUCUCCCUUUGCUUUCAUUUCUCAUUUGUGUUAUGUAAGAGCGCUCUCGCGCUUGACGGUUGUGACGCAGCUCUGCAGGGAGCGCCCCAAGUAGAGCUGCUCUUUCCAAUCGAGGUGUACCAAUAGUUAACACGCAACCUUUCGAAUUACAGUUUUUAAGCCGUGUUCUCGACUAUACGCCGUGAUUGUUAAUAAUUUAUUAAAUUUGACUAAUAAGAUAUUAUUUUAUUUAUUUUACUCAUUAUGGAACCGUCCAUCAUGAUAGCGGGCGACACUCGUGCCGCUAGGAAGCCGUAACUGUCGUAUGUCGGUGAUAACGUAGCACAAAGAGGAGUACGCCAACGCGGAUAAAAACAUACAAUAACAAGUCCGGUUGUCAUUGUGAGUAUGAAUAAGAAUUUAAAUUUUAUUAUAAUUAUUUAUUGAAUUUAUAAAAACUGAACAAUUUUAUUCGAAUUUUUGUUGAUUCACUUCUGACUUACAUUUUCGUAUCUCCAUGCGGCACUGGCACGCCAGUAGAUUUUGACAUUUAACCAUGUCAAAUGACAUUUAAACCUACCAUUGCCGUGGUUGGUUAUGGGAUGCGUUUUAAUUUUAUUAAUUGGCACCAUCAUUGUUGUCACAUACCGUAUCGUCUGGAUAUUUCUUAUUUUUAAAACUAUGUAACGGAUUUUGAUGUGUUUUUAAUAGAGUAAUUCAAGAUGAAGGUUUUUCAGCAUAAUACAUUGUACGGUGAACAUGCCUGUGCAAAGCAGGGGCGGAUCGGUAGUGAAUCAUAAUUUUAAAAUUUUACGAUUUAUCAAUUUGUAAGCAAUAAAAAUGGCUGAUUUAAGUCCUUUUAACCAGUAUAUCGACAUCAUUUAUCCCAGUGGUUGAAUCCUACGGGAAGUUUAUUCUAAUCCAAGACCAGGUUAUAUUGACUUGUCUUAUUGAUCAAGAAUUUUUAACUUCUAUUUAAAUGCACUCCGCCUCUGUUCACACAGGCUAUACAAAAAUACGCACAAUAUUUUUCGUUCUACACAUAAAAUGUAGAAUAUCAUACACAAUUCAACACUCUUUGGUGUUAAAUUACAAGACUUUAUAAUAUAAUAUGUAAUUAAGUCCGGUCGCCGAGCAUGAAUUUCGUACAAUAACCCCAAGCUACCUAUCCUUACCGCUCGUGCGUAAAUAUAUUGCUCGCACACUCACUGCGGCCGCUUGUCGCAGUCACGACAGCAAAUUAUUAUGUAAUUACGCGCGACCGAUAAGGAUGGGUAGCUUGGGGUCAUUGUACGAAAUUCUAUCUGCUCGGCGACCGGACUUUAGUUAUUGAGAUUUUUAAUCCAUUUGUGGAAAAGUGAACCAACAAAGCAAUAGUAAACACUUAGAAUUUUAUUAUUGACAGGUACUUUUAAAUAAUAAGAUCACAUUAAAAUAGGUAGGUACUAUAGGGAUUCCGUGGAAAGCAGUUCAGCGGAAAGCAACAUUUUGAUGCAUAGUAAUUAUAAUAAAUUAAAGGUGAACGCACACCGUCUAUUAUAAAAUAUGUAUCUGUCUAUGAAAUUGCAUGGAGUAUCUAACGCACAUAUAAAUACGCCGAAAUGGAGACUUGCACUAAGCGUCCUUUCGGAACCAAUAGUUAUGGCGUAGUUUUUUUUCUGUAAAUCAAUGCUUGAGCAUUGUGGAUCGCCCGUAUUACAAUGCUCAUUAGCUGUUUACGUCUUAGUUUGAACUGAAAACCUGCCGGGUGACCGUUGCCUGAGCGCAUCCAUCAAAGUACGUACAUAUUAUCUUAAAAUAGAUUUUACCCGUCCCAGAUGCCUUCACAUUUAACAGGCAAGCUUCUUCAACCAGCUGAGUUAUUUGUUACAAUAAAAUUCAUAAAUUUCAUAAUACAUCAUAAUAAUGAAGUUGAACCAUACCUAUUUUAUUAUAUUAAUAUAAUUAAAAUUAUUUAUCUAGUUAUUGUUAUAUUCUUCAAUGUAUCUGUGUCUGUUUAAUGUACUCACGGCUAAAGGAACGAGUCAGAUUGUGUAACUUUAUUAAGCGGCAAAAACAAACAAACCAGUAUUAUUAAAGGAUGCUCAGAACUCUAUUGAUACUCAAGAUUAAAGCUUAUAUUAGUGGAGUUUAAUAUUUCGAACCAUUUCGGCUUUCAUCUGUUUUUGAGUGUAAUGGUGCGUCCACAUUGGGCGAACGGGCUCGCGCGGCACGCUGGUCAUCCUGCUCACCCUGCUCUUGAGUAAGCAGGAUGUCGAGUUUGCCGCGUGAGCCCGUUCGCCCAGUGUGGACGCACCAUAAGAGUGUUCUUUGAUAAUGGGACCUUAGUAUUCAAAACACUGCUCAUGUUAAUGACUCGGAUUGAACUCGGAUCAAACUCCCCGCACCCCGCGCUUCCCUCGACCAAAAAGUGGUGGGGCGGGUCUUCGUGGAUGAACCGAUCUAUAAUAUGACAAUGUAUGUAUUCGUAUGUUACGUCAUAAUACCUUGUUGAAAUGUUUUGCGUUUUCUAGUAUCGUAGGCAGAUGGAUAUGUCGUUGUCCUGUUUGUGUAUUUUAGUAUAUGUAGUUGAGAAAUAGAUAAUGAAAGUUGCUAUUUCAUGCAAAGUUACUCAGUCUGACUGUUCUGCGAAUAAAAUAAUAAAUUUGUACCUAUACCAUUUCAUUGUUAAAAUUGAUAAUAUUUCGGUUUAUUCGCAUCAAGACAAUCUUGGUUAACAUCGUAACAUUGAGUCUGAGCAUAAUGAUAAAUAUUACUUAAAUAUUAAUAAGAAUGAAAUAUGUGACCGUUUGCCUUGUUGGUGUUUCUGUCAGAUUUUAUUAAAUUCACUCAAUAGCAUAAUUUUAUUACUAGACUUGAUCCAUGUUACUGGAUUUGUUCUUAUAAUGAUAGCAAUGAAUGUUUCUGUUUUAACACAUUUUAUCGACUGACUGACGAUCAUUAAGAUUUUAAGAAUAUCAACUUACCUGAGUUGCUGCAACAAAAAAAAUUGUAUGUCUCACAUCAAAUGUUUUGCUACUUCUUUUCAACAGCUUUGCGGAUAUUAAAAACUUACAAUAUUAUUUGACUUGCUUAUAAUAGAAAACCUAAAGAAGAACGGUCACGCCCCAUACAAAAAGAACCCAGACCCGACAGAAACGAGACAUACCUCAAUUUUAAUUAGUUAAAUUAUAUAUUUUUUUAUAUUCGAAAUCUAUGUAUAACACCAAAAUAUUACCCUUUGUUUUUGUUCAGGCGUUAUACAAAAACUAAUACAAAAUGCCUAUUUAUCACCAAAAUUGGUAAAUGUAUGUACCUAAAUGUCUAUUACAGCUGCUAUGGAAUGUAUCUAGGUGACCUGGAGAUACAGCCGGAUUAUACAGGGUGGAAACGAGAAGUUACAAAAUCCAAAAAUUCUAUGUUACCAGCUUCCAUAAUCUGUAACCUAUUAUUGGUACCAUUUGAAAGAGCUCGUGAAGCACUUUCAGAAUCAGUAACUAGUUUUUCGAUAUCUUGUAUAGUUUAGAAAUAAUCGAGUGAGAUCACUUAUCGUUUCCACCCUGUAUAAUCCGGCUGUAUCUCCAGGUCAACUAGAUACAUUCCAUAGUAGCUGUAAUAGACAUUUAAUUUUAGGUACAUACAUUUACCAAUUCUAGUGAUAAAUAGGCAUUUUGUAUUAGUUUUUGUAUAACGCCUGAACAAAAACAAAGGGUAAUAUUUUGGUGUUAUACAUAGAUUUCGAAUACAAAAAAUAUAUAAUUUAACUAAUUAAGACAUGACAAAAAAACUGAGGUAUGUCUCGUUUCUGUCGGGCCUGGGUCACAGAUGACCGUUCUUCUUUAUUACUAAACUACGGCUGAUUUAUUGUUAAUCCUUUGUAAAGUUGUCAAUUUGAGUAGCAAAGUCAUUCCGUAGUUAAUUAAAAAUAUAACCCUGUAUUAACGUGUAGUUAGUAUUUUAUCAACCUGGCUAGUCCCAUUUUCGGGUCUUAUCUGUCACUCGUCACACGCAAACACCCCGAUGAGUGAGAAUGAUCGGCCCUUCAAUUUACAAUUUUUGUUGUAUCUACCCAUCCUGUACACUCCAUUUAUUACUCCCAUUGUUGCAUCUGGGAAGACGAAUGGCAGAGAAUCCUACGAAUAAACUCUGACUCAUGAACAUUCAUGACUUAUGCUUUCGAUUAUAUUUUUGAUCAGGGUAUUCUGUUUGUACAAACAAAACAAUUGUGUUAACUAUUAGUCGACACAUUCCUAAUGAUUAAUGAUUAUUAUGAUUUCUUUAUUCUUUCCCUAUUGUAAUAUCGGGGUUGAGUGGUAAAUAUUUAUUAUUAAAAUGUAGGUUGUUCUAAUAAUAUUUUAGUUGAAAAGCAAUAAUUUAAAAUGUUUGUUUGCUAAAUUUUUCAUAACGUUUGAUUCUAAAUGUAUGAGUGAAUGCGGCUUGCAAAGUGAACUUUAAUUUGAGGAAUAGAUACCAGCGAUUGAAAUUUUGUAACAUUUUGUUAUCGUGUAAAUACUAGGUAUCCUUCUAAGUAUUUGUAAUAAAGAUACCUUACCACUGA